AUGCCGCUACCAAGGUCAGCCGCCCUCCGGGGCACUUUUAGCUCCUUCACUCUUCGACGUGCAGGAACCCAAGCUCGAACCAGUUUCCGAGGUGUUGGCCGGAGGACUUAUGCCACUGAACAUGGUGCACACAAGAGCAGCGAUAUUCCCUGGCUAAUUGGUUCCCUCGUCGUCACCAUCCCAGCUGCGGGUUGGCUAUUGCAGCAAGGACCCCAAAAGUCGGAUCAUGGCCACGGUUCCCAUGCCACAGAAAAGCACGAGGAAGUUCCUCCUGAGGAAUCCAAAGAGGAAUCGAAAGAAGAGCCCAAGGAAGACGAUGAAUCAUCAAAAGAAGGCACUGAGAAAACGGAAGAAGCAGGGAAGGAGGAAGAGAGCCAGGAUGAAAACAAGGAAGAGUCCCCCAGCGAAGGCGACGACAAGGAACCAACCCCUAAAGGGACGGCGAAACCCAACGAUGAGGCCAAAGAGUCUGAAGAAAAGGGUGCUAAAGAUGCCCAAGGUGAUGUCACUGGGGCAAACAAUCCCUUUAUGGGUGACGAGGAGAGAAGCAAGAAACCGGAGGGUAUGGAUGCGACGGCCAAGAUUCACGGUACUGUGGACACUUCGAAGCGGUCCAGCAAAGGCCACCAUGAGGGUGGCCAGAAGGAUGAUUGA